CAAAGCGAACACUGAUGGUGUGUUUUACUAUCCAGAUGAACAAGACAUAGUUACAACUGGAGGUGGGUUCACCACUGCCCAGGGUAUAUUGUAUCCAUUUGGAUCAGCUGCAGGUGACACUUUUAGCAAUCGUGCAGAUGACGGCAGCUCCCCCAUCAUUCCCCUGUUACACCCCUUACCUUUCUUCGGUCGCACGUACCAGCAGAUUUUCGUGAAUCACAAUGGACACAUCACAUUCAAUCAGUCACUCUCCCGAUACGUGCCGUAUGAGUUCCCUUCAAACUCCACCAUGGACAUUAUCGCCCCCUUCUGGACAGAUCUAAACAAUCGUGAAUCAGGAAACAUUACCUAUCAGCAGUAUACUAGCGGUGAUGUUCUUCAAACCGCAACUAAAGACAUCAGAUCCUACUUUCCCAGUGUGACUUUUACUGCUUCCUGGGUGUUUGUGGCCACUUGGGACAGAGUGGCUUAUUAUUCAAAUAGAGGGACGGAGAACACCUUCCAGGUGGUUUUGAUUUCUGACAGUAAACUGGCUUUCAUCUUAAUGAACUACGGUGACAUUGCCCCGUCUUCAAGUCCUAUUUUAAGUCAACCUUCAAGUCAAGUGCAGAUUGGAUAUGACACCAUCAGUUCAACCCACUACGGGUCUCUACGCACCUGCUAUCCAAACAACAUUAUUGACAUUGUGAACUUAAAGACCUCCAGCAAUGUCAACAUCCAGGGACGAUGGGCCUUCUUGACCACGCUUCAGUCAACUAGCUUCAGCUGUACAAACACCCCAAGAUUGCCAGAACCGCAGCCAGAUCAUGUUCUUGGUGUGCGUCUAAAGGUUUCCUCCUUUGAAGAUCUAAAUGAGGAGCAGAUUGAGGAGCAGAUACUGAAGCCGUUUGGAGACCUCUUGAGCCAGCAUGGAAUAGACGUCUCUGGGUUACGCUUGCGAAGGAUUUACAAGACAGAACCCUGACGAGGAUGAGAGGGAUGCAGGAUAUGGACCUAAACCCCAUCUGACAGUCCGCCACAGUGGAGGCCAUCAUUAGGGUUUCUACUGUGAACUGAAGAACAAGGACAGAACAGAUAGUAUCCAGUGUACACAAAACACAAAAACAUAAACAUGACAUGGAGAUCACUGUUGCAAUAAUCAGAAUUAUAGACAGGGAUGGACACUAACUAUUUUUUUAGCCUUGAACAGGACCCCACUUUCAGAAGCCUAAGUAGACGGUAUUUUAUGGUGGCCCAAAUGUAAACAUUUACAUGGACUUAAAAAACAAUACAGAACAUACAAUUUCACACAAUCUUCCUGAACUAGGACGAUAUAUAUUUUUUGUAAUCAUUUAUUUAGAUAAAAAACAGAAGUUUGUCAGCAUAAGGAACGCAUACAAUCAACAGCUGCUGAUGGUGUUUUGGUUGCAAUUGUCUUUUUCUUACAUAUUCUGUUCUUAAAGACUAGAGUCCCAGAUUCUAAUUCAAUACACUUUUUGUCAAAUUCA